AUGUUCAGACCACGAUUGCCUUUCGCUCUGUCGUUGUGUUGUCGGACGUACGCGACGCGCAGACCAGAGAAGCCACCUGCACGUUUCCCGGAUCCGCUGAAAAACACUUCCAAUGCUGUCGUCACCACUCUGCAGGACGACAAUAAUCUGACGUUCAUCUACCGUCCGCCUCCUAGCGUGCCGUCCCCUCACUCGACGACGUUGGACCCUGCUUCGCCACUGCUCAAACCACGGAUACCCUCGAAUGGCGGUGAUAGUGGUCCUUUACCGCCUCUAUUGCGACCAUCGAGCUAUAAGGCGGAGCCGGAGCGGGUGUCCCGGGAAGUCAUUGAGAAAAUUAGGGCGCUCAGGCUCUCUCAGCCGAGGACACACAGUCGGACUAAGCUGGCGAAGAUGUUCAAUUGCACCCCGAAUUUCAUAUCAAAAGUAGCUGCGCUUCCGCGUCCCCAACGAAAGCAGUUUAUGGGGGAAUUGAAGGCCGACCACGCUGCGGUCCGAGGGCGGUGGGGAGAAAGGAAAGCUACAGUGGUCGCUAUUAGGCAGAAGCGGCGCGAAUUUUGGUAG